AUGAGGAUCGCUUGUCUGCAGUUCGACCCCCAAGUCGGCGAUGUCGACAACAAUCUGAACCGCGCCGACGACAUCCUCAGCAAGGCAAACCCGGAUGAUCUCAACCGCCUAGACCUGCUGGUCCUGCCGGAGCUUGCCUUCACUGGGUACAACUUCAGGUCGCUCCAACACAUCGCCCCCUGCUUCGAAGAGGCUGGCUCCGGCAUCACCUCACUGUGGGCUCGGACCACGGCCCUCAAGCAUGACAUGACCGUCAUCGUGGGGUAUCCCGAGAAGGUUGACGUCUCGGCCAAGUGGCCCGCCUCUCCCGAGUACUACAACUCUGCCCUCGUCGUCAAUGGGGACGGCGAUCUUGUCGCCAACUACAGGAAGUCCUUCCUGUACUACACCGACGAGACUUGGGCUCUCGAGGGCCCAAAUGGCUUCUUCAAGGGCGAGGUGUCCGGACUUGGGGACGUCGCAUUGGGAAUCUGCACCGAUCUCAACCCGUACAAACUCGAAGCCCCCUGGGACGCCUUCGAGUUUGGAUUCCACAUUCUCAAGGCCAAGGCCAACCUUGUGAUAAUGACCAUGGCCUGGCAAACCCAUCAAGACCCCGGCGUGUUCAACCAGGCCCCUCAAGAACCAGACCUCGAGACGCUGGUCUACUGGGUCCAGCGCCUCGAGCCCCUGAUCCGCGCAGAGAAGGAAGAGGAAGUCAUUGUCGUUUUUUGCAACAGGGCCGGUGCCGAAGAGGAAGCUACAUAUACCGGCACAAGUGCUGUUAUCGGUGUCACUCGGGGUGAGGUGUUUGUCUACGGUGUGCUCGGGCGCGGGGUCAACCAACUUCUGAUUGUCGACACCGAUCAGCCACCAAGGAGCAAGUUGACGGAUGCAGAGCCUGCUGAGGUCGGUUCCCAGGUUUCGGGAAAGAUUGCCCUAGACACCAGGAUGGAUGACAAGCCCAAACACCGGGAAUCAGACGACCCCUUGAGUGAAGAAAAUGAAGUGUGCCAAUGCCAUCUGGCCGACUCUGGAUCCGGCCAUGGGUUCGAUAGCCUCCGGAAGCCAACGUCUCCCAGACUCCCUUGGCUGGCUCAGCCGCAGGAACCCGGAGGGGCACCUACAGACAGCCGGUCGCCAACCCGUCUGCAGAUUCCCACCCGUCCCGCGGUCGACGAGUACAUCGCUAUCGACAGCGCCAUCACAGACGACAUCGUCACCACACCCGCCCUGCCCGCCACUCCAAGCUUGGUCCGGCGGCCAUUGCGGUCCCAGAUGGCAGUCCCAGCGUCGCCGUGGAGGUUCCCCAGCAAGGUGGCAAGCCCGUAUUCCUGGCAUCGCCAAGACAGCUCGCACUCGGCCGUCUUUGGUGGCGGGGCGACCAUGACCCCCAUCACGCCGUUUGACGAAGACGGCUGGAGCUCGACGCCCAUCGAUCCCAAGGGGCCGCCGCAGUGGUUUUGGAGGCAUGAGCCGACGUUGUCUGCUUUGCAGGAGUCGAUUGGGGAGGAGGAGGAAGAGGAGGAAGAGGAGGAAGAGGAGGAAGAGGAGGAGGAGGAGGAGGAGGAGGAGCGA